UAUGAGGAAGAAACACAGCAGCAAUUCUAGCUAGCAAAAAAACUUAAUUAAUUAAUUAAAAAAAACUAAGAAAACAAAAUAAAGGUAUUUAUACCUAAUUAAAUUAAUAGUGUAUACAAAGAAAAAGCAAAUUCCUAUAAGAUAGAGUCUAAUAUGGGCAAAAAAAAUAGAAGAAAAAAUAAUACAAAUAACUCAAAGGUUAAUUAGGGGCUUAAAGCAGAAUAAUAAUUAUAAAAAGCAUAAGAGGAAGCACAGCUCUUAAAAUAAUAGCAAGAAUUGAAUAUCAUUAGAGGGAAAUUAUGCACAAAUUCCAUUAUGGAUUUAAGACAGCAGGAGUUCAGUGCCGAGGAGCUUUAAAUGAUUCACUAAAGUUAGAAGCACUCACAAAGCAAACAAUUAGAAUAAUGUAGAGCUACUAAGGAAUAAAUGGUACAAAAAAUUAUCUAAGAAGGAAGGAUGAACUAGCAUAUACCUCUUCAUCACAGAUACCCACUAUAAUAAUAGCAGUAUUAAAUAUAUGGACAAUAGAAUAUAUAGAUAAAUGACAAUUAAAUGCAUCACUACAAUUAAUAUCAGAUUAAUAGAAAUCACCACUUAAACAAUCUUAACAGCCUCUCUUAAAAAGAGGGAUCUUAGAUUAUGAUGAUUCGUCGAUUUGAGAGAAAAUAAAUUUCUAAGAGUUGUGAUGAUGCAAUUAAACGCUAAAAUUAUCAUAAUUCUUAUGAUGACGAAGAAGAUGCUGAUUGUAACGAUAUUUAUUAAACAGAUAACUAAGAAAUUUAAAAAUAGCAAUAUCAUGUUUACCUACCACAAAAUGAGCUGUAAUAUCAGAACUGUGAUGAUAUGGAAGGACAUGAUGAAGAUGAAGAAUAAAUAGAAUACGAUGAAAAUGAAGAAUUUGAUUGCUAAUAAAAUUUGUAGAUUUAAUUCUGCAACAAAAGAGAUUACUAUAAUCAUUAUGGGAAAAAAAUUUUCUAGUCAAAUAACGGAGCUACUGAAGAUGAUUAAGAAUAUGAAGAGGAAGACGAUGGAGAUGAUGAUGAAGACGAGGAUGAAGACGAAGAAGAGGAAGAGGAUGACCACGAAGAAUUUGAAAAUGGUGAUUUUAGAGGUAGCUACACAUACGAUGAAGAUAAUUAAAAUUUGAGAUUUAUAUAAGCUAAUAUUUUAUAGAAGAAUCUUAAUGAUCUACAAUUAUAAGGAAAUCGCUAACAGCAACAAUUAUAGAUUAAACAGUAUUAAAAAUAACUUUAACAUUAGAAAUUACAAUAGUACUUACUAGAAUAGCAAUAAUUAUAAAAUGCUUAAUAAGGAAAAUCUAAAUAAAGUAAUUUAAGUCAUCAAUAGUAGUAGGCAUUAUAAUAAAAAUAAAUAUUGUAAUAGCAACAACUAUAGAUUUUCAAUUAAGUUAAUUUAUAAUAAUUAUAAUAAAAGCAAUAAAUCAAUUAAAACAUUCAAUAACUUAACAAAAACUAUCUUCCUUCUUCUUAGUAAACGACACACCACUAAUUUAUAAAUUAAAACAAUUCAUAUUAUGCAAACGGCUCAUAAAACAAUACUUCAAACUAAAAUUCUACAGCUAAUUACUAGAACCAGUCUUAGCAAUAAAAGAACAGAGGUUGUAAAACUCCUUCCACGGAUGAUAACUCUGAAAGCUUCAACCAUUCCGCAAGAACAAAUAGUUUUUAAAAAAACACAAAGUAAUCAUCUUAGUCUUUAAAGAAGAGCUCUGUUGAAAGAGUAGCAGUCUAUGGUAAACCAAAGUCUGAAAGUGAGAAAAAAUUAGCACCUUCUCACAAUUCAUUUAUCAGUCAAGAGGCUAAUUUAGCCUUGCUAUCCUAAUAAAAAUUUAAAUACUUAAAGGACGAACACUUGGAUUUGGAUUAAAUUUUAAAUAAAAUUUAUUUUGAAGAAUAUACUUAUGAUGAAUUAAAAGAAUUUGUUAUUCCAGCACUAAGAGAGAUUUAAAAUAUAAAUAAUUUUUUUGAUAUUCUUUUUAACUCAAUACGCAUAUACGCUGAGGAUGUAAAGUAGAAAAUUAUAAAUAAUAUAAAGUAAAUAAACUAAGCCUGUUCUGGUAUAGCUGAAUCAUAAAAUAGGAUUUUCGAAAUAUCAGAAUUCGAAUAAAUUAUCAAUAAAAACUUCCAUAAAUAGUCUGAGGCCUUUAUAAGAAUUACAAAUCAGAUUUAUGGAUAAUAUUAAGCAGUAGAAAAAUACAGUAAAUAAACAGAAAAAAUAGUUUAUCUUUAUAUAAAUCAUUUCAUUGAGAAAAAUAGAUCCAUACGCUUCAACUGUGAAGACCUUCAUAGGAGAAUAUUUAUCUUCUUUGUCUUUGCAGAUCCUUAAAUUAAUAAUUACUUAGAGGCUAAGAUAAAUUAUUUCAGAUCAAAAGGUUUGAAUGGAAGUAAAUACCAUGAUUGCUUCCAUCAAUUAAACAAGAUGCAUGACAUUUUAAUUAGAAAAAAUUAAUACAUUCCAUCUGAAGAACAUCCAAUAAACAUUGAAAUAUAUGAAAAAGAAACAUGUGAUGAAGAAGAGGAAGAAGAAAGUCAAAAUGAUGAUAGAUAUUAUUAAGGUCAACCUCACAUUUCAUAAUAAAGCACUAUGAAUCAAAAACUACUUAAAAAAAGAAACUAAAAGAAGUCGAAAAAUAUGUAAUUGAAAAAAUUACAAUAAUAGUUUGCACAAGGUCAGUAUAAUGACAUAAGUGAUUACGCAGGGCAAAAAGAAUUUUCGGAAUAAAUUAAUGGGUUAUGUGAAUACAUUAAUACACUUGAUGAUUAAGAAAUAAAGAAAAAGAAAAAGAAGAAAAAGAAAAACAAAUCUGCUGCUAAUGCUGCUGCAAAUAAAGAUGAAGAAUAAAACCAAUCCUAACACUAAAAUGGUGAAGAAGAAUAGCCAAGAGAUAGCAGCACAGAAAAGAUUAAAAAAAGUGAGGGAAAGAAAAAGGGACCGAACUGCCAUAUGAAUGAAGAACUUGAAUAAUUUUAGAAAAGGCUAGAAGAAUCAUACAAAAAUUUAAAAGAACACCAAAAAAUAUAGCCAAUAAUUGCAGAAAAUUGGAUAUUAAAGAUCAAAGAAAGAUAUGCUAAACUAAAAGUUAGGCUGAAUAAAUGA